ACGGAAGCCACCACCUCGCCUCCUUUCUUCGGGAAGCCCACGCGUCCCGCCAAGGACGUGGCCAAGAACCUGACGCCGCUCGACGGGCAGCGCCCCUCGGGGUUGGACUGCGGUCAGACCUGCAAGUGCAAAGCGCCCCUGAUUCCCAUCUCCAAGGAGUCCCAUCCGCUGUACAACCGCAUCAGGACCGGGAAGGUACUCAACUGCGCCAUCCCCUGCUACCAGCCCUACUUCACCCAGGAUGAGAAGACCUUCGCCACCUUCUGGAUCGGCCUCUGGUCCAUCCUCUGCUUCCUCUCCACCUCAACUACAGUGGCCACCUUCCUCAUUGACAUGGAGCGCUUCAAGUACCCCGAGCGCCCCAUCAUCUUCCUUUCCGCUUGCUACCUCUUCGUCUCCGUGGGCUACAUCGUCCGGCUGGUGGCGGGGCCCGCCAACGUGGCUUGCAACCCAGAGCACCACCACAUCCACUAUGAGACCACGGGCCCUGCUCUCUGCACCGUGGUGUUCCUCCUCCUCUACUUCUUCGGCAUGGCCAGCUCCAUCUGGUGGGUCAUCCUGUCCCUCACCUGGUUCCUGGCGGCUGGCAUGAAGUGGGGCAAUGAGGCCAUCGCUAGCUACUCUCAGUACUUCCACCUGGCUGCCUGGCUCAUCCCCAGCGCCAAAUCCAUCACUGUCCUGGCACUCAGCUCUGUGGAUGGUGACCCAGUGGCUGGGGUUUGCUAUGUGGGCAACCAGAGCCUGGAGAACCUGCGGGGCUUUGUGCUGGCACCAUUAGUGGUUUAUCUCUUCACCGGCAGCCUCUUCCUGCUGGCUGGCUUCGUCUCACUCUUUCGCAUCCGCAGCGUGAUCAAGCAGGGAGGCACCAAAACCGACAAGCUGGAGAAGCUGAUGAUCCGCAUAGGCAUCUUCACCAUGCUCUACACCGUGCCUGCCACCAUUGUCAUCGCCUGCUACAUCUACGAGCAGCACAACCGGGAGGCGUGGGAGCAGGCACAGAACUGCUCCUGCCCAGGGGACCCUCACCGCCUCAAGCCCGACUACGCUGUCUUCAUGCUCAAGUACUUCAUGUGCCUUGUGGUGGGCAUCACCUCCGGCGUUUGGAUCUGGUCUGGCAAGACGCUUGAGUCCUGGCGGCGCUUCACUGCCCGCUGCUGCCGGGCCAGGAAGCCUGCGGGCGCCUCCAUGUACGGCGAGGCCAGCCCGGCACUGGCGGGCAGGACCGUGCUGCCCAGCAUGGCCUCCUACCACAAGCAGGUCCCGCUGUCCCAUGUAUGA